CUCCCUCUUCUCUCUUUCUCUCUCUCUCAAUCCCGGACGUUUCCCGUUUCUCUGCGCACGAUAAAGUCCCCCCCCUUUUCGUUUCCGAACUCUGUUCCGUUCUCCUCGCCAUCACCGCCUCCAUAUUCGGAGACGGAUAGAAUAGAGCUUCGCGUUCUGUUACCAUGUCAUUCCUCGAGGGUAUUCUCCCGUUUUUUAUGGAUCGAAUUAGGGAGAAGACCAGCGGCUUCGCAGGCUCCUUUUUGCUGAGAGUUUCUCAAUCUAUGUCUAACGACAGCUGCGGCAGUUCUGACAGUGGGCCAGGGAACUGCCAAGACAGUGGGACGGCUUUCGUCCUUAAAAUGGUUGCAAUUGGCUGUAUCCUAAUCGCCGGUGCAUUUGGAGUUUCAUUUCCAUUAAUUGGAAAUAAACGACGGUUCCUUCAAACAGACUCAAACCUCUUUGUUGCUGCCAAAGCCUUUGCUGGUGGUGUCAUCCUUGCCACUGGUUUUGUCCACAUGUUGCCCGAUGCGACCGAGAAUCUGACCGACUCCUGUCUGCCUGAUUUUCCUUGGUCGAAAUUCCCGUUCUCCGGAUUCAUUGCGAUGAUGUCAGCACUGGCUACAUUGGUUGUUGACUUUGUCGGGACCCAGUAUUACGAAAGGAAGCAAGAGAAACAGAGCCAAAAAGGAAACACUGAGUCACUUGAGGCAGCAUUGUCUGAGUCUGCAAUUGCUCCCGUGGAGAUAAAAGGGAGGAACGGAAUGGUGUUUGGGGAAGAAGAGGGAGGCACAAUUCACAUUGUUGGAAUGCAUGCACAUGCUGCUCAUCAUAGACAUAACCAUUCUCAAGAAGUUGGGGCAUGCCAAGGCCGCACCAAGGAGCAUUCACACGGCCAUUCACACUCUCAUUCGCACAAUAUUGGUCACGAGGAUGAUGAAAAUGGCGCGAGGCACGUAGUCGUUUCGCAGGUUUUGGAGCUAGGAAUAGUGUCGCACUCGAUGAUCAUUGGUCUAUCACUUGGGGUUUCUGAAAGUCCAUGCACAAUAAGACCCUUGAUUGCGGCGCUAUCCUUCCACCAGUUCUUUGAAGGGUUUGCCCUUGGGGGUUGCAUAUCACAGGCCCAAUUCAGGACCCUACGCGUCACCCUAAUGGCCAUGUUCUUUGCCAUAACGACCCCCUUGGGGAUCGCCGCGGGGCUCUUACUUUCCUCCUUCUACAACCCUAACAGCCCUAGGGCCAUGGUGGUGGAGGGCAUCUUUGACUCCAUCUCUGCAGGUAUCCUAGUGUACAUGGCUUUGGUUGACUUGAUCGCCGCCGAUUUCUUGAGCAAGAAGAUGAGCUGCAAUACCAGGCUCCAAAUCGCGUCCUAUUUUUGCCUGUUUUUAGGCGCUUUACUUAUGUCGUGUCUCGCUAUAUGGGCUUGAAUAUUCAUUCCCUCUGCUUUGUUAUAUAUGUGUAAUGCAUGUGAUCUAGCUUGUGUUAUUGUCAUAUGAAAUCCCAACAGAGGCAUUAUUGUUUGUACCAUUUCAUCUCUUUUUAAUGUUGAUGAGGGCUGAAAAGGAAUGCCAAGCUGUAAAGAUGGAAGUUUCAGAAAUGGUGGUAUUCUUCUUAGGUUCAUAUGAAGUAAAUGUAUUUACCCGGU